AUGGCAUAUAUCAUCCAGCCAAACCCUAAAUCUUUUCCUCUUCACAUAAUGCCCUUCUAUGCACACAACUAUUACAUAUCACAAAGCUACCUCUUGAAAUAUAAAUUUGCCCUUGUAAAACCUGAAAAAUCAUACCUUUCUUUGUGGUAUCCUCUUAGUGUCAAUAUUUUUAUGAGCAGUGUAAAGAUCCUUCUAAUGACAGUAGAGGAACCACAUGCGCACACAUACUGGAGAGAAGCCCUAUGCCUGUGCCCAUUGUUCCUAUCGUGCAAUUCAGAAAGUGGCUCUGAAAAGUCACAUGUUAACGCACCACCCAGAUGUGAAUACAAUGUGAGGCUGAGCUCAAGCUAUGAGAUGGCAGUUGGGAGAGGCGCCACAGGAGGUGAAAAGACCACACCUUCUGUCGCCAAGUUGCGUCAGUGUCCAUACUGCUCCUACUCCACUACUGUCACAACUAAUCUCAAGAACCAUUUGUGCACUCAUACAAAAGAGAAACCAUAUGCAUGUGAUCGUUGUUCCUACAGUGCAAUAACAAAACAGACUCUGGAAGAUCAUAUUCGAACCCAUACUGGAGAAAGACCUUUUUCUUGUCCAUACUGUCCUUAUAAUGCCAUUAAUAAAAAGAGAUUGAAAAGACAUGUUAUAAAACAUUCAGUGAACACUCUGAAUUUCUGAACUUUCUUUCCAGCACACCUAGAGGAACCUGAACAUGAAACAGGCUUUUGUGGUCUGUGAGAUAUUAACAUAAGUCCUUGACUAAGUUACAGCUCAGUCUUAUGCCAAACAGGAUGUUAAAAGACAUUUUACUUUGCUUUACUGGUUCAGGAGAAGCAAAUAUUAAAAACAUUGAUGUUAGAAAAUAUUAGAUGGUUGAUGAAAUUUGCAUCCAAUAUUUUUUAAUCAGAUUGUGUUUUAAACUUGAAAAGUGAUUAGAAGAUAAUGAGUUUUUAGUGUUACAAACCCGUUCAGUAAGUAUUUGACUUGUGUUAAGAAAUAUUUGUAUUUGAAAACAUGUAAUACUGAAUAUGAAUUUUAGAAGAAAAAAUGUAUUCUAAUCUAUAUAAACCUGUUUUACUCAAAAUGGAAUUAUUCACAACACUGAUGAUAACUGUUGAAACCCACAAAGUGUAUUUAAAGUGAAACCAUAUUGUCGUAUUCACGACUUUUCAAUAGAAUUUGCAUUUUAAGAUUUAUUAGUAUGAACUUCUCUUUUUGGUUUAGAAGAGGAAAGGUAUUUAAUAUUUAAUAAUUAUAAGAAGUGAUAAAGAUAUAACAUUAUGUUAUAAAUAUUUUAU